AUGCUAUCAAGAAGAUUCCUCUCUUCCACUGCCACAGCGGCAAAAAACUUCAACAAGAUCAAAGUAUCCACCCCAGUGGUGGAACUAGACGGUGAUGAAAUGACCCGUAUCAUAUGGGAUCAAAUCAAAACAAAAUUAAUUAAACCAUAUUUGGACAUUGACUUAAAAUAUUACGAUCUAUCAAUCCAAUCUCGUGACGCUACAAAGGAUCAAAUAACCAUCGACGCAGCAAACGCUAUAAAGAAAUACGGUGUUGGGAUCAAAUGUGCAACAAUUACUCCAGACGAGGCUCGUGUUAAAGAAUUUAACUUGACCAAAAUGUGGAAAUCACCAAAUGGUACCAUAAGAAAUAUCCUUGGUGGCACUGUCUUUAGAGAACCGAUCGUGAUACCAAGAAUACCAAGAUUAAUCCCAGGUUGGGAAAAACCAAUCAUCAUUGGUAGACAUGCUCACGCAGAUCAAUAUAAAGCUACUGAUACUUUGAUCCCCGGUCCAGGCAAAUUACAAUUGAACUUCAUCCCUUCAAAUGCCCAGGAAAAUUCACCAAUCACAUUAGAUGUAUACGAUUAUAAAGGAAGCGGUGUAGCAUUGGCAAUGUAUAACACAGAUGAAUCCAUUGAAGGAUUCGCUCAUUCAUCAUUCAAAUUAGCCAUAGACAAAAAAUUAAAUCUUUUCUUAUCCACUAAGAAUACUAUCUUGAAAAAAUAUGAUGGUCGUUUCAAAGAUAUCUUCCAAUCCAUAUACGAAACCCAUUACAAAGCAAAAUUUCAACAAUUGAAUAUUAACUAUGAACAUCGUUUGAUCGAUGAUAUGGUAGCUCAAAUGAUUAAAUCAAAAGGUGGAUUCAUCAUGGCUUUAAAGAAUUAUGAUGGUGAUGUACAAUCAGAUAUCGUCGCUCAAGGGUUCGGAUCUCUUGGGUUGAUGACUUCUAUCUUAGUGACUCCUGAUGGGAAAACUUUCGAAAGUGAAGCUGCUCAUGGGACGGUCACUAGACAUUUUAGAAAAUUCCAAAAGGGUGAAGAAACUUCUACAAAUUCUAUAGCUUCCAUAUUCGCUUGGUCAAGAGGUCUUUUGAAAAGAGGAGAAUUGGAUAAGAAUGAUCAAUUGUGUAAGUUUGCUAAUUUGUUGGAAGCUGCUACGUUAAAUACUGUACAACAAGAUGGUAUUAUGACUAAGGAUUUGGCUUUGGCUUCUGGUUCCCAAUACGUUAAUACUGAUGGUUUCUUAAACGCUGUAGAGAAAAGAUUGAAACUGGAAUUAGAAUCCAUUGAUUAA